AUGGGAGAUGCUGAGAUGAAUCGGACUUUCACGGUAAUGCCAGCAGAUGCUGAGGUACCUGAUGAAAUCAGGAAAGUGUUGGAUGAAGAUAAUUUGAGCACUAAAAGCAGUCUUAUUGCUCGUCUUUUGCGCGAGCCAAAUGUGGUACCUAUACAAACUCCAGUCACCGUCUGUGGUGAUAUUCAUGGACAAUUUUACGACUUGCUUGAGCUUUUUCGAACCGGUGAGGCUUCGUAUGCUUCUGUGAAGGGCUGUGGUGAAGUACCCCAGACAAAAUACGUGUUCAUGGGCGAUUACGUAGAUCGCGGCUACUACAGUCUCGAAACCGCUACACUUUUAUUUGCAUUAUUGCUGAAGUGAGU